AUGUCAUUUAUAAUAGCAUGGUAUAACAAGAUAGAAUCCAUAAUAAUAUCAAUCUUAUCUUCAACAGAAUUUUCAAAUCAUCAUUUAAAUAAUGAAAUAUCUAAAAAGAUCACAGUUUGGGCUAUUAUUAUACUGGUAUUAAUAUUGAUUUAUAAAUUAAUUUUCCAAAUUGGUGUUAAUUUCCAAUUAUGGGAAUUACCUGGUAAAGAAUUCUUUAUUGAUAAACCUGUUCAUUGUGCUCAUGUUUAUGUUGAUGGUUAUGUUAUUACUAAUGGUGAAAUAAAUAAUAAAAUUAUUUUAUCAAAACCAUUAAAUUAUCAUUUAGAAUUUACUAUUGAAGAUUUUGAAAAUAAUAAAGAUCCUGAAUUAGGUUGUACUUUAGAAUUUACCAGGAAAAAAUUAUAUUUUUUGUUUAAAGAUUCUUCAAUUUUCCAAGAAAAAUUAUCAUUAAAACAACAAGAAAAUUAUAAAAUUAAUGAUGUAUUAGUUUAUCAUAAAAACAAACUAUUAAAAGAUGAUAAUAAAGCAUUAUGUUUAUUAGGUGUUGAAACUGGUAAUAGAUUAAAAGUUUACUACAAUUUAAUAUAA